AUGCUAAGGCCGCCGCCGGCGCCACUUCUCCCUCCCGCUCCUCCCCGCUCCUCCCCGCUCCCCGCCCCCAGAGCUGCAAACCCAAACACCGAUCCAAGUCCCGCCCCCUUCAGCGCCGCCAGAGCAACACCCAUGGGCGUGGCCGCGUCGUGGCCCCGCGCGCUGGGGCAGCGCUUCAACGCGGGCGGCGUGGCCGCGGUGGUGACCGUCGCGGCGUCCGAGCCGCGUCUGGCGCUGCCGCACGUGUCGGUGCAGGACAUCCGGUGGCUGGACUGGGCGGAGCUCCGUCGCGCGGGGUUCCGUGGCGUGGUGUUCGACAAGGACAACACCCUCACCGCGCCCUACGCGCCCGCGCUCUGGCCACUGCUCGCUGCCUCGUUUGACCAGUGCCGCGCGGCCUUCCCCGGCGCCAUCGCUCUCUACAGCAACUCCGCAGGCUUGAAGCAGUAUGAUCCCGAUGGAGUGGAUGCCAGUACGGUCGAGGCGGCUAUCGACGGGGUUCAUGUGAUUAGACAUGAUGCUAAGAAGCCUGCUGGAGCAGCUAAGGAAAUUGAGAGUUAUUUUGGUUGUUCAGCUUCAGAUCUUGUUCUGGUUGGUGAUAGAUACUUUACUGAUAUUGUAUAUGGAAAUAGGAAUGGCUUUCUUACUGUAUUAACAGAACCGUUGAGUUUUGCCGGUGAAUCUUACAUUGUCAAAAGGGUUAGAAAAUUGGAAGGAUACAUUACCAACUAUUGGUACAAGAAAGGACACAGACCAAUUAAGCACCAGUUGCUCCCUGAUGUCAGAAGGAUUGUGAAGUUCGAUCCGUAUGAAGAUUCAAUCUCACCUAGAACGUAACAAUGCUAUAUGUUGU